GCCACGUUGUCCUGCGCGCUUGGCGCGCUUGGCUCCGCGAGCCUGGUCAGCUGUUCCCACUUCCCGGUCCCCUGUCCCCUCCCUGUAGGGCUCGGCGGGGGCCACAGUCUACCGGUGUCGACCCUGCAGGCCGCUGAGCGCGGCCCUUGCCACUCCGAGGCUCCGGCGCGCGGGGGCGCCCGGGAUCCCGGCCCGCGAGGCGCCGCCCCGCCCGCCGCCCGGAGCAGCGACCCGCAGCCGGGAGCGCACCCUCGAGCGGGGUUGUCCCCUGAGUUCGGACCGGGGGUCCAUGCCCGUGCGCCCCAGCCGGCCGGCGCUAUGGCCUCCGGGAGCGUGGCCGAGUGCCUGCAGCAGGAGACCACCUGCCCCGUGUGCCUGCAGUACUUCUCCGAGCCCAUGAUGCUCGACUGCGGCCACAACAUCUGUUGCGCGUGCCUGACCCGCUGCUGGGGCGCGGCCGAGACUAACGUGUCGUGCCCGCAGUGCCGGGAGACCUUCCCCCAGCGGCACAUGCGGCCCAACCGGCACCUCGCCAACGUGACCCAGCUAGUGAAGCAGCUGCGCACCGAGCGGCCGUCGGGGCCCGGCGGCGAGAUGGGCGUGUGCGAGAAGCACCGCGAGCCGCUGAAGCUGUACUGCGAGGAGGACCAGAUGCCCAUCUGCGUGGUGUGCGACCGCUCCCGGGAGCACCGCGGCCACAGCGUGCUGCCACUCGAGGAGGCCGUGGAGGGCUUCAAGGAACAAAUCCAGAACCAGCUGGACCACCUAAAAAGAGUGAAAGACUUGAAGAAGCGGCGCAGGGCACAGGGGGAGCAGGCACGAGCAGAACUCUUGAGCCUGACCCAGAUGGAAAGGGAGAAGAUCGUCUGGGAGUUUGAGCAGCUGUAUCACUCCUUGAAGGAGCAUGAGUAUCGCCUCCUGGCCAGACUUGAGGAGUUGGACUUGGCCAUUUACAACAGCAUCAAUGGCGCCAUCACUCAGUUCUCCUGCAACAUCUCCCAUCUCAGUGGACUAAUUGCCCAGCUGGAAGAGAAGCAGCAGCAACCCACCAGGGAACUCCUGCAGGACAUUGGGGACACAUUGAGCAGGGCUGAAAGAAUUAGGAUCCCUGAGCCCUGGAUCACACCUCCAGAUUUGCAAGAGAAAAUCCACAUCUUUGCCCAGAAGUGUCUGUUUUUAACUGAGAGUCUGAAACAGUUCACAGAAAAAAUGCAGUCAGAUAUGGAGAAAAUCCAAGAGUUGAGAGAAGCUCAGUUAUACUCAGUGGACGUGACUCUGGACCCAGAUACAGCCUACCCCAGCCUGAUCCUCUCUGAUAAUCUGCGGCAAGUGCGAUACAGUUACCUUCAGCAGGACCUGCCUGACAAUCCUGAGCGGUUCAAUCUCUUCCCCUGUGUCUUGGGCUCACCGUGCUUCAUCGCUGGGAGACAUUAUUGGGAGGUUGAGGUGGGCGAUAAGGCCAAGUGGACAAUAGGUGUCUGUGAAGACUCUGUAUGCAGAAAAGGUGGAGUCACCUCGGCCCCCCAGAAUGGAUUCUGGGCAGUAUCAUUGUGGUAUGGGAAAGAAUAUUGGGCUCUUACCUCCCCAAUGACUGCACUUCCCCUACGGACCCCUCUCCAGCGGGUGGGGAUUUUUUUGGACUAUGAUGCUGGUGAGGUCUCAUUCUAUAACGUGACAGAAAGGUGUCACACCUUUACUUUCUCUCAUGCUACCUUCUGUGGGCCUGUGCGACCCUACUUCAGUCUGAGUUACUCGGGAGGGAAGAGCGCAGCCCCUUUGAUCAUCUGUCCCAUGAGUGGGAUCGAUGGGUUUUCUGGCCAUGUUGGGAGUCAUGGCCAUUCCAUGGAGACCUCCCCUUGAGAGGACGUGAACUUGGGCCAAAAUGACUGUUGGCCACACUCCUGCCCCAGGCACCUGGCAUCUCAUUGUCUUGCCGCAUCCUCUCUCACAGCUGGAGAUCCCUGCCACUUUCCAUGCAGUGGAAGAUGGGAGGCCCAUGUUCUCAACCGUCCUUUCCCUUUGCAAGCAAAUUGUAAUGAGAAGUAUCAAGAUUGCCAAGAAAUAAAAACCAGAUGUCUGCCUC